UUAGUGGUUUUCGCCUUCGUUUGCUGGUUCCUCUCACUAAAACAUACUGCCCGCGUCAUUGAAACGCACCAAAUUGGUGAUGCCAGUUUGACACCUUGGCCAAGGCGGUAAAGGCCGAAUUGGUUAAUCUCCGCCUACUCAGUAGCAGCUCUUUACCAAGGGAUUCCAACGGUCAUCUUCAACAUCCAUAGUUAUUAUUUGUCUUGGUGUUUGCCCUUUUCUAUUUUUACCUGUAUCCUUUUCUCCAGGGGACAAAAGAAAGAAAGAAAGAAAGAAAGAAAGCAAGACAUCCAAAACAAUUCCCAGACACUCUUUCGCCAUGGAUGAUGUUCUUGCAUCUGUUCAGGACAUCUUCGAAGGCCAGAUAGACUUUCACGGCCAGCGCAUAGCUGAAAUAUUGUCUACGGCUCUAUUAAUUAUAUCUGCGGUUGUUGCUUUCUUCGCUGGAUAUAUCUACCGGGACAUACAUCUCACACUCUGGGUCGGCUUGGCAGGUACACUGGUAACUGGACUGGUUGUCAUCCCUCCUUGGCCUAUGUACAAUAUGAACCCUGAGAAAUGGCUUGUUUCGUCAGCGGGGAUUGUCGGUGGCGCACGGAUCAUGGUAGAUGGAACUAAAGUGGCAUGAAGUACAAGCAAGAUACAGGAGAGAUCGACUCGGAAGGUAUUGAGCCGGACUAUUUAUCUCUACACAACCAAGAAGCCGCAUUUAUCAUCAUAGUAAUCACCGGAAAGGUGUGAAAAACAAACCCGAACGCCAAUCCAGACCAUUUGUUGCGUAUAAAAAUUUAUGGCACCACGUAGGUGGCAGCUUCAGCAAUCAGAAGAUCCUCUAUAGAACUGCGUUUACCGACCAUACUUCUGAAAUUCCCAGUCUCGGUUAUCCAAGGGACAGACCUGGCGAGUUUUCAGCCAACGGGAUAUGCAGUGGAAAUGAAACGCGUGCUAGAAAAGAACACAGUUAGGUCAAUAUUAAGUUUGUCAAGAAGCUUGGGAUAUCUGGACGCACGUUGCAAAUCCCCCAGGCAACUG